UGGCUCCUCCCUCUCCCUUGGGAUUCCCAAUCCCAGCUACCCUCGCGGUGCCUUUCUCGUCGGAGACCCUGAGCGUGAGAACCAGGACAGGUGGUGGCCUCACCUCCGCCGCGACUGCUUCGGGGUUUACGCGUCUUCUCCCUCUCUCCAAUUAGGGCGGGUUAUUCCCAACCUCCUGCACCGGAAAGCCAUUUAUCUCCUUCUAAGCAAAACUGACGACAACGGAAGCAUACACGGUUUGGGGCUGUGCUGGAGCUCCACCCGACUUGGGGUAGCGCUUGGAGAAGCGAGGAGAGACGCAAACCAAAUUAAAAAUCUCCAGAGAGGUUUGCUUGUGUGGGGGCGGUGAGAGAGCGCGCGCCCUGCGCCUUGAGCACGGGCCAGUUGCUCUAGAGGGCGCGUGCGCGCGCUCUCCGCGCGUCCAGGCAACGAGGGAGAAGGCUUGGAGGGCGACGAGGAAGAAGACGUUUCAGCUGCGCUCGAGGCCGCUCGCCAGGUGCUGAGAGACCAGGGCUGCGUGGCGAGCGAGCCCCGUCGACGACGCCUGUGGCCAGCAUGUCCGCGCCCUGUUGUGUGGGCCAGUUGGCCUGUUGCUGUGGUACUGCUGCAUGUUCACUUUGCUGCAAAUGCUGUCCAAAGAUAAAACAGUCAACCAGCACCCGCUUCAUGUAUGCACUGUACUUCAUCUUAGUGACUGUCACCUGUUGCGGCAUGAUGUCAGAGACAAUGGCAAAAGAGGUGAAAGAACAUAUUCCCUUGUAUAACGAAGUAUGCCAACAUAUUCAGGCAGGUGACUCCUGUGAGAAGCUGGUGGGCUACUCUGCAGUUUAUCGAGUGUGUUUCGGGAUGGCCUGCUUCUUUUUUAUCUUCUUCUUACUCACAAUCAAAAUUAACAGUAGCAAAAGCUGCCGUGCGUACAUUCACAAUGGGUUUUGGUUCAUUAAACUUUUACUCUUGGCAGCCAUGUGCUCAGGAGCUUUCUUCAUUCCAGACCAGGAUACCUUUCUUAAAGCAUGGCGUUUCGUAGGUGCUGCAGGAGGGUUUCUCUUCAUCGUCAUUCAGCUCAUCCUGCUUGUAGAAUUUGCACACAAAUGGAAUAAGAACUGGACAUCUGGCACAAAGCACAAUAAACUCUGGUAUGGCUCCUUAGCUCUUGUGACCCUUGCAUUGUACUCAAUUGCUGUUGGAGCUCUGAUUGUGAUGGCUGUCCUAUACACUCGUGCUGAUGGCUGUACAUUUAACAAGAUCCUGCUUGGCGUCAAUGGUGGCUUGUGCUUGCUUAUUUCAAUGGUAGCCAUCUCACCCUGUGUCCAAAACCGUCAGCCACAUUCUGGCUUGUUGCAAUCAGGUAUUAUCAGCUGCUAUGUCAUGUAUCUCACCUUAUCAUCUCUUUCAAGCAAACCACCAGAAAUUAUCCUAGAUGAAAAUCUGAACAACAUCACAAUCUGUGCACCUGAUUUUGGCCAUGAGCUGCCAACGGAUGAAAAAUUGGUGACUGGACUGGGAACUGCCAUUUUAUUCUGUUGCAUUUUAUAUUCUUGUUUGACCUCAACAACACGUGCAAGUUCUGAAGCACUGAGGGGAAUAUAUGCCACACCAGAAACUGAAGUAGCCCGCUGCUGCUUCUGCUGUACUCCUGGUGAAGAUGGUGAUGUUGUAGAGCCUGUUCGCAAAAGGGGUGGCCAGACAGUAAUUUAUGAUGAAAAGAAGACCACUGUGUACAGCUAUGCCUAUUUCCAUUUCGUGUUCUUCCUGGCUUCUCUUUAUGUGAUGAUGACUGUUACCCACUGGUUCCAUUAUGAAAAUGCUGCAAUUGAAAAAUUCUUCGUUGGAACCUGGUCCAUAUUCUGGAUUAAGAUGGCUUCUUGUUGGUUGUGUGUCCUCCUCUACCUGUGGACCCUUCUAGCUCCUUUGUGCUGUCCAAGCAGAGGAUUCUCAGUGUGAAUCUCCUUCUACUACAUGUCCAGUGGUUUAGGGAAUGGAGAAAUAAGUCUGCCUAGCAGCUGUCCUACUACCACUGGUGGUUAGGAUACUGCUUUCUCUUUCAUAUUAAACAACACAUUUUGAGACU